UGUUUAUUACACUGUCCACCCUCUACAUAGUUUUCUUACUUUAAAUUUAAGUUUAAACCGUAAAACCAAAAAUGAUGCUACCAGGACCCUAUUGACCAGCAUGGACAAAAGUAGUUGAAUGACAAGUUUGGAACGACCCAAGGGUGACUAAAUGAUGACAGUACAUUAUAUGGGCCCAGCAAUAGGUCUCAUUCAGUGUUCAUUACAUCUGAGAGUAAAGCCACAAAGACAGCUACACGAGAGGCUCUCGGCUCAUGAUGCUGAUGAGAGCCGUGAUUAGUUCUGUCAGAUAUGAAUGACUGAGCACAGCAGCAUGGGAGAAGACAAGCAGACCCUGCCUGGACGAAGCCUGCCAUAAAGAGUCUGAGCUGCUGAGCUGAGUAAUAAUCACUAUAAGAUAAUCAAAUCCCAAUUACAGCAAUUAAAGCAAGAAUGAUGGUCUCAUCUUUUGUGUGUUAUGUGAGGCAUCCUUUUGGUUUUAAUUGAAACAUAAAUCAGCUGCUAAAGAAAGUGAGAAGACGUCAGUAGAGAUGAGGGGAGAAUGAGAAAGUGAGAGAGAUGAUAGGAAUGAAACAGAGAGGGAGGGGGAAUUCAGAGUACAACAGCUGGACAGUCGAUAUUCAGCCCACUGUUGAGAAGCAGCUCUCCAGACUGAGCGCAUUCAGAAACGCUGCUUCCUUCUCUGCUCUCAACACAAACAUAAGUGGCAUCUAUUUCAGUGCGCGCUAUAGCUUAAGGAAUCCCACGAGGAAUUCACUCCAGGACCCUGAGAUGAGCGCGACGGAUAGCUGUGUGAUUUAGUGCUGACGUUUUUUGUUUAGUUUUUUUGCUUCGAAAAGAUUCCCAAAUCUACCAGUUAUGUCUGGGAUGGAUGGGCUGGUGGAUGAGAUAAAUGGUACAGAAGUGGACAGCGAGAGUUUCCUGAGGUUCAGCCCUAAAUCUCUUUCUACCGGGGCGGCCGCUGCCUCAUACGGACGGACUGCGAAUGUUUACAUCUACGUCUCCAUCUUCCUCAGCUUGCUGCUUUUCCUCCUUACCCUGCUGAUCAUUGCUCUCCACAGGCUGAAGAACAUCAUAUCCUCUAGUUCUUCAUAUCCAGAAUGCGGCAGUGAGGCCGGGAGCUCCUUCACUAACAUGGAGAUCUGCAGCAUUUCCUCACAGAGAUCAAGAGUGUCAUCGCUGUCCUGA